AUGACUUCCGAGGUAGUGAACUUUGGUUGUUGUUCUCAUUGCCUUACCACGGUCAUCAAAAUUGGAGGGCAAACGAGUAAGAAUCACUCUCUCAGAUCGGAGAAACAUCGUAGCACGAGGGUAGCGGCCGUUAGUCGCCUGAGUGAUAUGAAGAGAGCCAAUAGUUCAGAAAACGGAGACGAAUGCGUGCCUACUAAGAAUAACACAAACGGACAUCCCCAGGUUUGGCUCUGCAGUACAUUUGUUAUAUUACAGCCUCCACCUCAUAAGCGUUUGAAUUCUGCUACACUUGAAGCUCAACGCAUUGAGAAAAUGGGUAUCAAUGGAACAGGUAAUGGGCAUGCCGACUUUGAUCGUGUGGCAGUGCUUGACUUUGGAGCGCAGUACGGAAAGGUAAUUGACCGGCGUGUGCGUGAGGCCAAUGUUCUUUCGGAGAUGUUCCCCUUAAAGGCAAAGGUCAAGGAUAUUUUGAAGAAAGGAAAUUUCAAGGCGAUCAUAAUCUCGGGAGGUCCAAAUUCAGUGUAUGUUGAGGGGUCUGCCCAACCUGAUCCAGAAGUUUUCCUCUGUGGUCUACCCGUAUUGGGAAUUUGCUAUGGUUUCCAGCUAAUAAAUAAGGGGCACGGUGGUGAUGUAGCUAGAGAGCAAGUCAGGGAGGAUGGGCAGUGUAAGGUGUGGCUCGAUACGUCUUGUGAUCUCUUUCAUGGUCUCAAUGAGAGCGAACAGGUGCUUUUAACUCAUGGUGAUUCUGUCACAGAGAAAACCGUGGCACCUGGUUUCAAAAUUGUUGCAAGGAACGGUGGACAUGUUGCAGGCAUCGCAUGUCCUGAGAAGCGGCUUUAUGGAGUGCAAUUUCAUCCUGAAGUUGAUUUAACAACGAAUGGACGAAAAAUGUUCGAGAAUUUCCUAUUUCGAAUAAGCGGCUGCUCUAGCUCUUAUACAAUGGCCAACCGUGAGCAGAUGUGCAUUGAGGAAAUACGGAAGGUUGUUGGAGACAAGAAAGUUUUGGUUCUCGUUUCUGGCGGAGUGGAUUCAUCAGUAUGUGCGGCUUUGUUGAAUCGCGCUAUCGGACCGGAUCGCAUUACAGCGAUUCAUAUUGACAACGGAUUCAUGAGAAAAGAUGAAAGCGACCGCGUCGUAGAAAGCCUCAAGGAGAUAAAUCUGCCAGUACAUAGAGAAUACGCUGGGCUCAAGUUCAUGGUCGCUACUGCUUCCGGGAAAACCGGUGAAGGUGAACCGCUAGAUCGAACAGUGGAUCCUGAACUGAAAAGGCAAAUUAUCGGAAAUACUUUCAUUCGUGUGAAGGAUCGUGUUAUGGAAGAGUUGAAACUCAACAAAGACGACUAUUUCCUCGCACAAGGUACUUUGCGGCCUGACUUGAUAGAAAGUGCUAGCGAAAUUGCUAGCGGGCACGCUGACAUUAUCAAAACCCAUCACAAUGAUACCGCUCUUGUGAGGGAAUUACGUGCAUCUGGCCGUGUUAUUGAACCUUUGAGAGAUUUCCAUAAAGACGAAGUGCGUGAACUAGGUCGGUCGCUUGGUCUUCCCGAGCAGAUUGUCAAUCGACAGCCUUUUCCUGGACCAGGACUGGCUAUACGUAUUAUUUGUGCUCAGAAGCCGCAUAUAUGUAGUGAUUUUGGUACAACACAUCAGUGCUUGAAUGUCCUCACUAACCUGCGACGUCAACCAGCAACUGCCCUUGAAGUUGAAUACAGGGAAAAGAUGUUGGCUGCAAUGAAUGGAUGGGAAAUUUCUGAAUUAAUGGCACAGACUUUUGCGAUAAACGCUACCUUAUUACCGAUUAAAAGCGUUGGAGUACAAGGUGACAGUCGAUCUUACUCCUAUGUUGCUGCUUUGUCUGUUGCACAACAGACAAUUCCGUGGCAAUUGCUAGCUCGUUAUGCUAAUAUCAUACCAAAGCUACUUCAUAACAUUAACAGGGUCGUUUACGUUUUUGGUGGACCGAUUAACUACCCGGUUACUACUAUCACUCCGACGUUUCUCAACGCAUUUACAGUAAAAGUUUUGCAAGAGGCCGAUCAUUUGGCUACUGAAGCUCUACACGGAAGACGUACAGAUGGUAGCCGUGAUCCCGACUUGGAAGAUCUCAGCAAAAAAGUCCAACAGUGUUAUCGUGCGAAGAUUAAGAAGUCUUCAAAAACCACUCGAGCAUAUCUGGGAGGAAUACGCUGGGCUCAAGUUCAUGGUCGCUACUGCUCCGGGAAAACCGGUGAAGGUGAACCGCUAGAUCGAACAGUGGAUCCUGAACUGAAAAGGCAAAUUAUCGGAAAUACUUUCAUUCGUGUGAAGGAUCGUGUUAUGGAAGAGGUAUUGAAACUCAACAAAGACGACUAUUUCCUCGCACAAGGUACUUUGCGGCCUGACUUGAUAGAAAGUGCUAGCGAAAUUGCUAGCGGGCACGCUGACAUUAUCAAAACCCAUCACAAUGAUACCGCUCUUGUGAGGGAAUUACGUGCAUCUGGCCGUGUUAUUGAACCUUUGAGAGAUUUCCAUAAAGACGAAGUGCGUGAACUAGGUCGGUCGCUUGGUCUUCCCGAGCAGAUUGUCAAUCGACAGCCUUUUUCCUGGUACCAUGUACUGGCUAUACGUAGUUAUUUGUGCUCA